AUGAAGGAGAAAUUUUCAGGGGUUCAAGAAAUUUAAGAAGUGUUUUAAAAUAGAUACACUAAUCCUUAAUUAAUAGGAUUAGGAGCAUUCUCUUAAGUUUAUAAAUGUGAAAAUAAUAACAAAGAAUUUGUGGCAAUCAAGGUAUUUUUUCUACUUUUCUAUAGAUAGUUGCUUUGAAUAGGAUAGAGAAAGAGGUCAUUCCGUACAUGAUAAAUGAAAUAGUCUUGCUAUAGUCUAGUUAAAAUAAUAAUAUAAUUUAAUUAAUUGAGGCAUUUUAAACUCCGAAUAGAUUAUAUCUAGUAUUAGAGGUAUAUUGAGAAUAUCAUAAUUUAUUAGUAUUGCUUUAUAGAUUUGGAGAAAAUGACAAAAAAAUAUUAUAGAAAGUGUUUACCUGAUGAUUUAGUAAUAAUUAUAUUACGGUAAUUGGUUAAUGGAUUACAUCAUUUACAUAAGAAUAAGAUCAUUCAUAGAGAUAUAAAAUUGGCUAACAUAGGAGUUAAAUUAUCUACAGAUGAUGAAUAGAAAUUGAAACAGAUUAAUGAUCUAAGUGUCUUUAGGAAUGCAUAAUACAAACUUUUGGAUUUAGGUUUGGCUAAAAAAUUAAUUAAUGAGGAUCUCACUAAUACAUUUGCUGGAACUGAAUUAAAUAUGGGUAUUUAAAUUUAUUAAUAAAUAAUAGCUCCUGAAAUUCUAUUAAGGUAACCAUAUUCAAUAAGUGCUGAUAUGUAUAGUUUGGGAGUUUCUAUAUUUUAAUUAAUAACUGGAGAGAUGCCAUAUAAAAUUGUUAGAGGUUCUUUAGAGAUUGUAAAAUAUGAGACAGCCAAUUUUCAUUUAAUAAAAAAUGAAACAUUAAGGACAAUUGUUUAAAAAAUGUUAAAAUAUGAUCCAAAAGAUAGAUUAAGUUGGCCAGAACUUUACAAAAAUUAAUUUUUUAAUAUAAAGAGAGGUUAAACUUAAUCAAUAUUGGAUUUGUAAUUAAAAAAUAAUCAAAUUAUUUAUAAUUCAAUAGAAAAUGAAAAUAGAGAAAUUGAAGAAGAGAAAUUCUAUGAUUGUGAAAAUGAUGAAUAAAUAAAAUAAGAUAAAAUUAAUCUUUUAUCUUAAUUAAAUAAUUCAUUUACUUCUUAAUAUGUAUGCAAGAUUUAAAUGAAUUAAUAACAAAUUACAAAAAUAAAGUAUUGGAAUUAACUUUAUAAUAUUCAUAUUCUUUUGAAUAAAUUAAGUAGCAAUAUUAUUAUACUAAUAAAUUCAAUUAAUUAUAUGGCAAAUGAUCUAAUGUAUUAUAGUUUAAACUCUGAAUUUAAUAGUUAUAUUAAUUAUCUUUGUGAUCUUAAUCAAUAAACUUAUAACUAUUUGAAAUUAGACAUAAAUAAUAAUUUUUCUGAAUAUAACACUUUUUAAGAUUAUAUUACUUUAAAAAAUAUUUUAGAAUCUGAUGAAGUGUAAUUAAAUAUUUAAGAAAAUAGAUAAAAUGAAAUAAUGUUAUUUAGUGAUAUAUGUUGUUUUGCUAGAAAAUAAUUUAAAUUAUUGAAAUCUUUGGAUUUGAAAGUAUUCCCAUUUAAAUCUGAAGAAUUUUAAUAAUAAACUAUCAAUAACAAUAUUCUAAUUUAUAAUUAAAUCUUAGGUAUCAUGUAUGAUUCUCAUUACAAAAUAUGUGAGAAUAAUUCUUAAUAGUUUAAAUUGAUAUAGAGUUAAAUAUAUAGGAUUUUAAUUGAUUUAGCUAGAGUUAGAGCUAUGUUUGGAAUUGAUUGGUAGGGAGGAGAUCAAAAAAUAAAUGAAUUGCGUCUUGAAGACUAUCAAAUUGAACCUGAUUUACUGUCAGAAUUCUUGACUGAAAUCUUAUAAUUCUAUUAACUGAGAUAUGAUUAAUGA